AAUAGCACCGUCGAGGCUUCCUUCACUUUCGUCAGUACCUUUCCUUCUUCGAUCGAACCUUCCGCCGAUUACCGGCAGCAAUCCGAAUCCCCGUCCGUCCAUGGCGAAUCAUCGAGCCUCCCGUCCGGUGUCGGGAGGAUUCGCCGCUGGCGCCUUCAGAUUGCUCGCUUCCGCCAUUACUGUGGCUGUCUUCAUCUUCGUCGCUUCCUCCUUCCUCUCCACUUCUCACACACACUCGGCCACUUCCUCCAUCCCUCACCACUUCGGUCUGAACGGUGUUCCGCACGAUCUUGGAUCUGGGAGGAGAUCUGUUUUGGCAUUGAAGACGGAUCCGCUGAAGCCACGAUUGGACCAGAUCCGGAAGCAAGCGGAUGAUCACCGCUCUCUGGCUCUGGCUUAUGCCUCCUAUGCAAGGAAGCUUAAGCUUGAGAAUUCCAAGCUUCUCAGGAUCUUCGCGGACCUGUCGCGGAACUACACUGAUCUUAUCAACAAGCCUGCCUACAGGGCUCUGUUUGAGUCAGAUUCCGCAUCAUCGAUUAUGGAGGAAUCCACGCUGCGGCAGUUUGAGAAGGAAGUUAAGGAGCGGAUCAAGGUUACCCGCCAAGUGAUCUCUGAGGCAAAAGAGAGUUUCGAUAAUCAGCUCAAGAUUCAGAAGCUGAAAGACAUCAUUUUUAGCCUCAACGAGCUCCUCACCAAGGCUAAGAAGCAAGGGGCCUUUUCGAGCCUCAUUGCUGCAAAAUCCAUUCCCAAAAGCUUGCACUGUCUUGCAAUGCGGCUGAUGGAGGAGAGGAUCGCUCAUCCUGAGAAAUAUUCUGAUGAUGGGAAGCCGCAGGCUCCCGAGUUGGAGGAUCCCACACUUUACCACUACGCCAUAUUUUCGGAUAACGUGAUUGCUGCAUCAGUUGUGGUGAAUUCAGCUGUCAAGAAUGCCAAGGAGCCUUGGAAGCACGUUUUUCAUGUGGUGACGGAUAAAAUGAACCUUGGUGCAAUGCAGGUUAUGUUCAAGUUGAAGGAUUAUAAUGGGGCCCACAUUGAAGUGAAAGCUGUUGAGGACUAUAAGUUCCUGAAUUCUUCUUAUGUCCCCGUGCUCAAGCAAUUGGAGUCUGCAAAUCUGCAGAAGUUCUACUUCGAGAACAAGCUUGAGAACGCAACUAAGGACACCACAAACAUGAAGUUCAGGAACCCCAAGUACUUGUCCAUCUUGAAUCAUCUGAGGUUUUAUUUGCCCGAGAUGUACCCGAAGCUGCAUCGGAUAUUGUUCUUAGAUGACGACAUCGUGGUACAGAAGGAUCUGACAGGGUUGUGGGAGAUCGAUAUGGAUGGGAAGGUGAUUGGGGCUGUGGAGACUUGUUUCGGGUCAUUCCAUAGAUAUGCCCAGUACAUGAACUUCUCACAUCCUUUGAUUAAAGCUAAGUUUAAUCCAAAGGCAUGUGCCUGGGCUUAUGGAAUGAACUUCUUUGAUUUGGAUGCUUGGAGGAGGGAGAAAUGCACAGAGGAAUAUCAUUACUGGCAGACUCUGAACGAGAACCGGACGUUGUGGAAGCUGGGGACACUGCCUCCAGGGUUGAUCACAUACUACUCAACGACGAAGCCACUGGACAAGUCGUGGCAUGUGCUGGGGCUUGGCUACAACCCAAGCAUUAGCAUGGACGAGAUCCGAAAUGCUGCAGUGGUUCACUUCAAUGGGAACAUGAAGCCCUGGCUUGAUAUAGCCAUGACCCAGUUCAAACCGCUCUGGACAAAGUUCGUUGACUACGAGUUGGAGUUUGUGCAACAAUGCAACUUCGGAGUUUAAGAAACCGAAUGCAAUGCGAGAUCCCCCAGAAUGCUUAAAGCUCAGGCUGUGAUUAGCGCGCGAAAAGGAAAUCGGUGUCAGUUGCUUCUUUCUCUCAAGUGUAGCAUAUAGAUAUAUAUCACGUCGAUUGUAGCUGUUUUUUUUUACUCUGAUUUAUGUUCUGUCAUACGACCAAGUAAUCUUGGCAGAUGUAGCUACUCAAUGGACCGGGGGUAUUCGAGCAGUUUAAAUAUCUGAAGAAAAAAAAUGAUGGGUUGGGUUGUAUGCUUAGUGCCUGCCUGGGAUUUCCUUUCGACUUUGAUUGAUCCCUUUCCCUUGGACAGUAGACAAGUAGUAGUGUGCGCCACCACACAAAAGUAUAUCUUAAUAUUGAUUCUAGUUGUACGAGUAUGCAAAAUAUGAAUGGACGGUAUAUUGUAACUUUAGUGAUAUAUAGAUCUUGAAUUAACCGGUAUUAAAUUGGUAAAACAUUGUUAAUGAACUAGUGC